UCUCUUUUUCUCUCCCCCUCUUUCGCACACAAAAGUUACAUGUAUGUAUAGACGCAAACAUACACACUCUCUAGAAUGUGCUCGUCCAUGUGUAUGUGUAUAUGAAAAUCUGCCUGAUGUUGAUUUUCUUUUCUUUUUUUUUUUCUUUUUUUUUCUAAAUUUUGGUGUAGGUGUUUAAAAUGAGCUGAAGAGAAGCUAGGUAUAAUGGCGAUGGUUUUCGAGAUGGUGUCGUGCUUUUUGCCGAGGAUAUCGAUCUAAUUUCUAAUUUUAUUUCUCGGAGACCGCCUUUUCUUUUUUCUCUUUUCAAAAGAGAAGAAAAAUAUUAUUUUUUUUUCUAGUUUGCCUUUGUCUGUUUUGGCAUUUGAAUUUUUGAAAAGAAAAUGCAGAGAACUCGGCAUAGGAAGUCCAAGAGUGCUACAAGCAUUGAAGGAAUUCAACAAAUUGAGAAACGCAAAGCCGCUCCAAGACUGUCUUCUGAUUCUCAAACUCCUGGGGGUGGAACCACUGGGAAUGAUAUGUUCAUGCUUGAGGUGGGACAAAGCUCUUCGAGACGAGCAACUGGAACACCAAUAAAGAAGUUAUUGGCAGAAGAAAUGUCAAAAGAAAUUGAAGUUAAAAGACGAUCGCCAAGUGUUAUUGCCAGAUUGAUGGGUCUUGACGGGCUGCCAUCUCCACGACAUGUUCAUAUACAGCAAAGGAGUUCUUCAGAUAUCUAUGAACAGAAAAACGUGUCAAUAUGCAUCCAACGGAAUGGCCAACUACUUGAUGGCCAAUCAAGUAGGAGAACCUCAAUGGAGCAGCAAGAAUUCAAGGAUGUGUAUGAAGAUGUGGAAGCAUCUCACAUUGCAAGUCGGCGUAAUUCAUCAAGAUGGAGCACAAACUCAAAGCUUACAAAAUCUGAGUCUGCACUCAUUCAGCAGAAGUUUACAAAUGCAAACCAGCUUUCUGCUGAUGAAAAGCUUCUAGGUACAAAAGAAUAUUCUAACACACUUGAGUUGGUAGACUCGAAUAAGGGCUCAUUCCAGAAAUAUCUUCAGCAUCCAGAUUCCUUAUCUGUAAAGCAUAUACAUGAUUUAGAAAUUGAUCCUUCCAGUUCUCUUCGUGGUCAUAUAGAAGUUCUAAAGCCAUCAAAUUCUGCAAAAUAUGAGUGCAAUGCCAAAGCAUGGAAAUCAGAGAGAGAGAUUUCCUGCAAACACGACAUGACCUCCCACCAGAAACGUGAAGAUGGCCUUUUACUCCACCCACACAGUCGCCAUAGAGCUCAUGCUUCAUGCAAAUCACCACAAAUUCAAUUAGACGACAUGAAAGGCAGAAACACUCUUCCCACAAGAAUUGUGGUUCUCAAGCCAAACCUUGGAAAGAUACAGAGUGCUUGUGCAUCUGUUUCAUCACCUGGUUAUUCACAUAAUUACCCCUCCAACUUUAGGAAGCUUACAGAAUAUACAAGUGUAGGAGGUGCUGAAAUACUAUCCAGGAAAAGGAGAGGUUCGUCUGAUGACGUAGGAUCCUUGAAGCCCUUGUCAAGAGAUGCUAGAGAAAUUGCUAAGGAAAUUACAAGGCGAAUGAGGGAUGGUUGUGAUGGAUUCAUUGAUCCAACAUCUUCUGGAGUCAGAGGAUAUGCAGGAGACGAGAGUUCUUAUGAUGCUUAUGAAAGUGAUUCUGCAAGUGAGUCCGAGGUUUUUAAAUUGUCAUCUAGAAACUCCACUCGUUGUAAUAAUCGGCAUAAAUAUUCACAUUUUGGUCCAAUUGAGUCAUCUGUAAAUUGGGAGGCAAAAAAGAGACUAUCUGCUAGGUGGAAGACGACUCAUAGAUGUCAGGAUUUGGAAAUGGCUGGUAACGCUAGCACACUGGGUGAAAUGCUUGCCAAACCUAAUAGAGAAACAGGGCCUAAAUAUUUGUAUGCUAAUGUGGGUCUCGAGAGGACAAGUGGUCGGAACAUGAGCAACAAUGGUGCUGCAAUUUGGGAUUUUCCUUUGGGCAUUAGCAAUACUGAUGGUUGGAAGGAUAAGCGUAAUAGAAUUUCAUCAAGAUCGAGGUCCCUUUCUCCCUCUUUUGUGAGUGGCAAAACUCUCAGAAGAAGAAUGAAUUCUGUAACUCUGACCGAAGACCAAUAUCUAAUGCAUAAUGACACUGUCAGUUGUGGUAGAAGUGAGUCUAUGAAGGGAAACCUAAGUUGGAAGGAAGAUAUUUCCUCUAAAGAUAUAAAAUACAGGAGCGAGAAACCUUCUUGUCAUCACAAAUUUACAGACGAAAUAGACUCUUCAACAGAAUCCAAUUUUGAGAUUCAAACUGAGAUGAACUUUGAAACAAACCCAAGUGAACAGCAGUCCACAUCUCAGAUCACUGCAAAAGAUGGCACCUGUACAACUCCUAUUCCUGAUGCAAAGACAGCUGCUAAACAUGGGGUUGUAAUCUCAUCUUCAAAAUCUUCUGAGUUGCAAUUGAAGCAGUCAUAUUUGGAGGUAGAAAAGGACAAAAAUACUGCUUCUGACAAAGAGGAUUCUAGUUUCCAGUUUCCAGGAGCUGAGCCAGAUUCUACAGAGAGCUCCAAGAAUGCUGAUUAUCAUAGUCCAGUUUCAGUCCUGGAGGUCCCUUUCACAGAAGAUAUAUCAUCUAGUUCUGAAAGCUUUGAGAGAGUCAGUGCUGAACUUCAUGAAUUGCGAAUGCAGCUGCAGCUCCUCAAGAUGGAAUCAAGAGAAUAUCCCGAGGUCCCCGCACGUAUUUCAAGUGAGGAAGAUGUAGCACAACAUUCGUUGAUGAACUUGGAACAAAACCAUAAAUUAGGAGCCGAAGACUGGGAAGCUUCUUAUGUUCUUGAUGUGCUGAUCAACUUGGGUUUUGAAGAAUCUGACCUCGACUUGUUUAGAACAACAUGGCACUCCUCGGAAUGCCCUUUAAAUCCUGAGUUGUUUGAUAACCUUGAGAAGAAAUAUAGUCAUGAGCAAAUGGAGUCAAGGUCUGAAAGAAGGUUGCUGUUUGACGGAAUAAAUUCAGUAUUUGUAGAUGUUUAUCAGCAGCUUGUUGACCCGUUCCCAUGGGUUAUGCCAAAACUAACUGGAGUUGAUUUGAAGGGGCCAAAGCAAAUGAUUAGAGAUAAUCUUCAGAAGUUGCUUUCCGGCCAAGAUUUUGAAGCCGAAAGGGAAAUUCCGGAAAGUAUACUUGACAGGGAUAUGCAGUGGUUUGAAUUCAAAGGAGAAAUUGACGUGAUAGGCAAUGAAAUUGAGAAACUGUUGAUAGAUGACAUGAUAACAGAGGUUCAAAUUUCCUAAGUUUAGAACAAACUGUUGUAGUCUAGUUGGUGAUAGAGACAGAUGAAAAUGUCUGUUUAGAAAUAAACGAAUAACAAGAACAAGCUUUGAAAUUUAUUUCCAAUCUUAGAAUUAAGUAAAAUUACAGUCCUAAUUGUUGUGUUUA